AUGUCAACAAAUACUUCUGUUUUUUCAUCAACAUCAUUUUUUCAAUCAGAUCUAUGGCUUUUUACUAUCUAUAUGUUUGCGACAUAUGAAAUGGUUUUUUGGUUAUGUAAUGGGUUUUUAAUUUAUAUUGAAAUGUUUGAUAUUCCAUCAAUUGAUCAAUAUCGUAUACAAAAACAUAAGAAAAAAUUACGUUUUCAACCUGAUAUGGUUCAUUUAAUGAUUAAACGAACAAUCUAUCAUCAAAUGUCUUUAGUUUUUCUUGGGCCAAUUUUUUAUUAUAUUUUCAAUUAUGUUGGUCACGUUGAUAUACAAGGACCACGACCACCAUGGUCGACUAUUCUUUUUCAAAUUGGUCUUUUUAUUGUUAUACAAGAUACAAUUUUCUUUUGGUUACAUUACUUAUUACAUACACCAUGGUUAUAUAAAAAUAUACAUAAGAAACAUCAUAUUUAUAAACAACCAACAGGUGUAACUGCUAUUUUAGAUGAUCCAAUUGAAGGUAUAAUAAAUCAAAUCGCUGUUUGGUUUACACUAGUACUAUUGAAAGAAAUUCAUAUAUUUACAAUAUGUCUUUGGGUUACUAUUAAACUUUAUCAAAUAGUUAUGGCCCAUUCUGGAUAUAAUUUUCCAUAUAUUACUACACAAUACUGGUUACCAGAUCUUAUGCCAGGUGCUUUAGCACAUGAUUAUCAUCAUCAACAUAGUAAUUCGAAUUAUGGCUCAUUUUUUUCUAUAUGGGAUCAGUUGAUGGGUACACAUCGACUUUCAACAAGUAAAAAACAAAUUAAUUAA